AUGACUGAACGGACGAAUAGCAACAUGCUCUUUGCUAACUUCAAUCAGGAUUUCUCAUGCGUGUCGGUCGGCACUCGGAGAGGCUACAGCAUCACCAACUGCGAGCCAUUUGGAAGGGUGUACACGAUGAAUGAUGGUGCCCGUGGCAUAGUAGAGAUGCUGUUCUGCACGUCACUGAUAGCCCUGGUCGGAGCGGCAGACCAACCGCAUUCAAGUCCAAGGAAGCUGCAGAUAGUGAAUACAAAGAGGCAAUCCAUGAUAUGCGAGCUACUUUUUCCGUCGUCAAUUCUCGCCGUCAAGCUGAACAGGAAAACGCUUGUCAUCGUGCUGGAAACCGAGAUUUACAUAUACGAUAUUUCAAACAUGCGGCUGUUACACGUCAUUGAAACGACGGCGAAUCCUGAAGCCAUUUGUGCCCUUUCUCCGUCGGCCGACAGCUCGUACUUGGCGUAUCCUUCGCCUGUACCUUCACCAACAUCACCGCUCGCUGCGCCACCACCAGUCGCCUCGUCUUCGCAGCCGCAGACACAAUCUGGCGACGUUCUGCUGUUCUCUACCCGCUCUCUCACCGUCGCGAAUGUUAUUCAAGCUCACAAAUCGCCCAUAUCCUUUCUGUCCAUCAAUUCCACCGGUACUCUCUUGGCCACUGCUUCCGACAAGGGCACUGUUAUUCGCGUCUGGAGCAUCCCGGGUGCUGAGAAACUCUAUCAAUUCCGCCGGGGGACGCGCGAAGCACGAAUCUAUUCGAUCAAUUUCAAUUUGGUUUCGUCGCUGCUGGCGGUGAGCUCAGCGCAUGACACUGUCCACAUCUUCCGGCUAGGUGGCGGAAACACACAGAGGAAAGAUGGGAUGGCGAGUCCAGCAGAGUCUGUGGACAGCAGGGAGACAACACAGCUUGAUGGAGGGUACGAGGCGUUUAUCGAGAAGAAGAAGGGCAGUGGAGUGUCAUCUAGUCUGAGGAGGAAGUCGUUACAGGUCACGAAGAGCCUAUCACAUUCGAUGGGCGGGUAUCUUCCCAACACCAUAACGGAGAUGUGGGAGCCGUCCAGGGACUUUGCUUUCUUGCGAUUGCCGACGAGUGGUGCACGAUGUGUAGUUGCGCUGAGUGGGACGAUGCCACAGGUUAUGGUAAUUUCCUCUGAGGGUUACUUUUACUCGUACAACAUUGACCUGGAAAAUGGUGGCGAGUGUUCUCUGAUGAAACAGUUCAGCUUGCUGGAUUCUGGUGAAGAUUCAGCCAAGGAUGUGAUAGAUUAG